CACAAACAAAAACCAAUACCGGACAAAAGCUCGGAGAGACAAAAUGGCCUCUCUGCAUUUAGUUUCCCUAUCCAUCCGACUGCCGGAUUUCUCCGCCGGAGCAAAAAACUACCGAAAUUCAGCCACACUCGCUUCAAAAAAGACACCCAUUUCAGUUUCCUUUGCCGUAAACUCACCGGAAUCCGCCCCCGAAGCACCCGAGAAGCCCGAAAUUGAGCUCGAAUUCAUUGGGCCAAGGCCAGGAGAUGAUGGGGAGUACCCGAUGGAGAGAGCGAGGACUGUGAGUGGAGAGAAGCUUUUGAGGAACAUCAUGUUGGAUGGCAAGAUAGAGCUCUACGCCCCUUACGGAAAGGUGAUGAACUGCGGAGGUGGUGGAAGCUGCGGGACAUGCAUUGUGGAGAUUAUAGAAGGACAGGAUCUUUUGAAUGAGAGGACAAGCACAGAGCUCCGCUACCUAAAGAAGAAACCGGAAUCAUGGAGGCUGGCAUGCCAAUCAAUUGUUGGAAAUAAAGAAAAUUCUGGCAAGGUUCUGGUUCAAAGGUUGCCUCAGUGGAAGAAGUGAUGAUCAUGAUUUGGUCAUUAACACUGAUGCAUUGCCAGCAACCUGAGGAAAUAUUAUCAGCAGUGACCUAAUGGAAAUUCUUUUUCUGGGCAAGCUUGUACUGAAUACAUGCGAUACACUAUACAAAAUUCUUUUGUGUUUCAAACGUUUGUUUUAUUUUUUGAUAACUCAAGUGUCCAGGCCAGCUUACCCACUGCUCCAAAUGUUUGUUUAUGUUGUAUAAGCUUGUACAUGUAGUGUUUGUUGAUGACCAAGAAACACAAUAUAGGUAGUAUCUUUA